AUGGCACAGCAAGACAUCCAAGGCCAGACACAUCAUGAUGACUGUGUGUCCACUCAAGAUGGCUGUUACAUUUGGGAACAAUACAUUUAUGUCCUAUCUCUUCGCACAUUAAACUCUCCAGCGCUUCUGAAAGACAUACGACAGCUCUCGCCAGACAUGCAGACAUACAGCCUGGAAUCUUUCCAUAGUGUCCUGAACGGCUAUGCUCCUAAAUCUAUCGCAUACACAUAUCAAGGAAUGAAGGCUCGAACACUGAUUGCUGCCCUUCAUGUCAACGAAAAUGCCAACAGAGAGCAAGCAACAACAAAGGAUGGAACACAGCCAUGGCACAGCAAGACAUCCAAGACCAGACACAUCAUGAUGACCGUGUGUCCACUCAAGAUGGCUGUUACAUUUGGCAAGUUCUGUGUCACAUCUGUCUUUCAGUUAGCAGUUCUGCUCUACAAGUGCUCAACAAAACUACGCCUCACGUUGCAUUUACAAGCAAUUCACAAGCUAAUGUUGCAAGGAGCAGAGCACUGCAGAUUGCGGCAGAACAAUCUUUUUUCUCGUGGGGUGGUUAUAGAGUCCGGAGAGCGGCAUGCACUGCAUUCGUUGCAUAUUCAAGCAUCGUGCAACACUUUUUGAAGGAAACGCGAUCAGGAUGCUGAGACAGCUUUUUCUCCCAAUAAUACAUUUUACCACAAGUAGACAUUCUCUAUCUUUACAGCUAGGUUCAAUGCAGAAAAGCCAAAGUUCUAGCUACAUUGACACAGGACUGGCGAAACACACUCGCAGCGACAGACAAGGAGCAAAGUUCCACAUAAUGCAUUAAUUAUAGGAUGUUGCUUUUACUUAUUUGUUCCCAGGUCAGGUCACCUCUCCAGAUAUUAGAUAUAGCAUUAAUAUAAAAUGCAGCACUGAAGUUACCUGGUUUGUUCUACUUUCAGAUUACGUGCAAGAUCUACAAAAUAAGGUGACCGAGCUUUGCAUCGAGCAUCUGUCAUUUCCAGAAGCACUAGCUCAAGCACUAGCUCAAGCAGCAGAAAAAUUUGCACCAGCAUUUACCGCAGAACAAACCUAGGCCCUCCAAAACUGAGCUCAUAGUGGUGCACAAGGCACGAUAUUUAAUGUUUUGAUGCAUGUAGAGCAGACAAGCAACUGGUGGAGUUAUCACAAACCAAUUGUUCGAAGUUGGAAAAGCAAAGACACAGACUCCAUGCUCGAAAGGGUUUGUUCUGCACCGAAGCAUGGAGAAAACGAACCAAGUCGCAUGGGUUGUCUCUGCAACUGAUGCUGCAUGCGUGCAAGGACACCAUAAGGUUUCUACCGGCUGGCACGGCUGAGGACAAGUUUGAGCAUUAUAAGUCAAGCAGAAGACACUUGCUGAUCAUGCUCGAAAAGUUUAUGCUGCACUAAAGUGUAGGAGUGAGGGAGCCGAGUCGCAUAUGUUGUCACUACAACUGAUGCGGCAUGGCCACAGAAGUACCAUAAGGCUGUUUCUGGGUUGAACAAAUUAUGACAACUUUGGCCGCAUCUUAAGUCAGGGACAAGACACUUGGUGACAUGCGCACCAUGUGGGAGGUGUAAGAGGCUGACGAAUAAAUGCGACUGACCCUUGUAGGUGCGUAUUCAACUGGGAACAGUGUUUCACGUUUACGUGCCGGCACUCAAAAGAAACUAAAGUGCAUUGCGAGUGGCCCCCCUGUUGCUGUUUGCAAUUGUAUGGCUGACGGUGAUAAUCAAAUUUUAUUCACGCGAGCUUUGGGAAGAGCCCCAGAGAAAAAGCUACAGCAAGUAGCUUGACUAGGUCCGGGGCCCCUGGUUAUGACAUGAGAGGCAGGAAAUAAAACAAUGUGAGCAAAAUGGAAUGAACACGCAAGUGGAACAUCGCAUUACGUAGUGCUUCCAUGCGCAUACGUACUAAAGAAACUAUGAACAGAACUGUAUAUCAAGAACCACAUCAUAAAAACCAAUUACAAAUGGUCAUUAAAAAUCGGACGAGGCAGAUAAACAUAUUCAUAAAGCAGAGAACAUGUCCUGGGCCAGCUAAGAAAUUAACCGCUGAAUAUGACAGCUGUUUCACUGUCUCAUUAUACGAUAGGAAUAUCUUUGGCAAAGGA